AUGGAUGCCUCAAUGAUCUUCUCAGCCAUUAGCAAAAUUAGAGAUACUAGAUGGCCCAAGCCUAUACAGACCGAUCAUUCUCAGAGGAACCCCAACAUGAUGUACAAAUAUCAUAGCACUCAUGGGCACAUGACCGAAGAUUGCAGGCAGUUAAGGGAAGAAGUGGCUAGGUUAUUCAAUGAGGGCCACCUUCGAGAAUUCCUAAGUGAGUGGGCUAAGAAUCACUUUAAGGAGAAAUAUACAGGAAGGAAUAAUGAACCUGAAGAACCUCAACAUGUCAUUCACAUAAUCAUCGGUGGAGUCGACGUCCCACAGGGGUUUAUAUUCAAGCGUACCAAAGUAUCCAUCACAAGGGAGAAACGAACUCGGGAUUACAUAUUUGCGGAUACCCUCACAUUCUGCGAGGAAGAUAUUGAGGCCUUAUCUCAACCUCACAAUGAUGCACUGGUAAAUUCUAUCCUUUUAAUUAAAGUUCAAGUUAAACGUGUUCUCGUGGAUCCAAGUAGUUUGGCAAAUAUAAUCCGGUUAAGGGUCAUGGAGCAGCUCGGGCUAUCGGUCAAAUCAUACCGGCAUCUCGAGUCUUGA